AUGGAACUAUGCAUGCAGACGUACUUCAAAUUCGAGGGUGGAAUCUACGAACAGCUAAAAGGAACACCAAUGGGAUCGCCAAUUUCUGGAUUCAUAGCCGAAGCCAUAAUGCAGAAGCUGGAGAAGAAGGUACUACCAAGAAUCAUGCCAAAACUUUUGCUCCGAUACGUUGAUGACAUAUUCAUCAUCUUGAAGAAGUGGGGCUUGAGGGCCAGCGCCUAG